UGCCAAACAACCACCUGAACCCAAAUUCGGCUUGAGCUCAAGUUGAGCCCCAACUCUUUGCAUAGUCAUCGCACAUGUAGAAGGUGUCGCUUGCUUUCGAGCGCGGGCAUCUUAACUUCUCAUCACUCCUUCAACGUCCCUGCUCUCGACUCAUGUCAGGUCCCUCCGCAUCGACUUCGACAAAGCCGCAUAAUCGAAACCCAACCGGGAGGAACCAAUACAAGGACUGUCCCCCGAAGAAUGACAAUCGGGUUACGGAGCUUCUGUAUGACUAUCAGCGGAGAGAGAUAUUUGAUAAGAAGAAGAUAAGUCAACUCCUGAAUGACGAGCACGGGAUCAAGCUGAGUGAAAGCUCGGUAGCUCGCAGACGAAGAGCUCUGGGUCUCUAUGCAAGUGGCGUGACCACCCGACAGCUGCCAGAGACGGUCAAAAGACAGCUCGUGCUCACCCAGAUGUUGAAAGAUCCAGAAAAGAAGCUCGGCCCUCGGAUGAUCAAACAGCUGAUUGCUCGUGACACCGGUAUUCAUCUGACAAGGGAUUACAUUAGGGCUGAGAUGAUGAGACAAGACCCUGAAGGGUUCGCAUCUAGAGAUACGUCCAUGAAGAAGACGAAUACCUUAGAGAUCAGUGAUGGAGAGUCUACGAUUCAUACCAUGGCCGUGUUGCCGACAUGUUGACGCACACAAUCGCUCUCGAGAUCAGCUUGUUUAAGUAUUCCGUGUAAACCUUGUUUAAUAAAUUUCCAAUGAAUACAUAGCAGCUCAGAAUAGCCCU